GAAAGCGAGUUGCGGGACGAGCUGUGGUUCAUCGAGUUCGGCCGGGGCGCAGCGCUGCCCCUGACGCCGGAGGAGGCACCGGUCGACGGCGAGCCAGUGGUGCCCUGCGCCCAGGGACGCGUCAUCAUCGAGACGGCGCGACCGGCGCCGCCCUACUUCGCCACCUGCUCGACUUACCGACGGCAGAUAAUGGAGCAGCACCUCUCGUCGCUCGCCUCCGCGACGACGCAGGCGGACGUCGUGCCCUCUACCUCUGCCGCGACGGUCAACCACCAGCCGGCCAUCCACCAUCACCAGAGGAGCACCUUCAUUAGGAGCGCGACCCUCGGCCCCCAGAGCCCAGCCCUACGGCCCGAGGAGCUGCGCGUCAAGCCCUGGUACGCCACGGACGACACCUCCUCCGCGUCCAAGGACAGUCCGCCGGCUGCCGCCAACGCCGUUGACCAGAGCUCGUGCCCCGCCUACAAUCAGUCCUACGACCCACAGGACAGCAGCAGCAACCACAAGGAGACGACGUCCAGUCGCGGCGUCGACGCCAUUUCCACGCGCACCAGCAGCAUCGAGAGCGAGAACCCGCGUGCCAGCGUGCCUCGUAAGGCCUACAUGGAUCUCAGCGACGCCAUCGCCAUGCUCGACGAGACCUGCCCCAAUCCCGAGGCCAGUCCUCUCAUGACACCGCGGACGCCACGGACGCCGCUGACGCCCCAUCCCAGAAAUAAGCGUGCCAGGUCCAAGAGCAGCGACAACUCGUCCAACUACAGUAGCGAGAGGCUGAACGAGCGAGCCGAAAACGCCAAACCCCAGGAGAAGGAGAGGAAGCGACCGUUCCUCAAGAAGAUCGGCAUCUCCAUGACGGAAGACCGUCCGCUGCUGGCCAAGCUCGCGCCCAUGAUCAUGGGCAAGCCUUACCUCGAGAAGAUCGGCCCGAGCCGCGCGGUGGACAAGCCUUUCCUCGAGAAGAUCGGUUCGUCCCGGACGCUCGACAAGUUCAUUUUCGACACACCCAAGAGCGACAAGCGGAUACCCUUUGACACCAGCAGCCGCAUGACCAUAGCCGAGGAGCCCGAGAAGAAGACGCCCAAGGAGCGCAGAGACGAGAUCAGGGGCUUCUCCACCGGUGAGAGACGCAGGUCCGGCAAGAACUUCCUCCUGAAGAUGUACUCCUUCGAGACGGAGGACCUUGAGGACAGCUCCCUGGCGAUGAAGGCUCCGCACCGAGAUCCUCUGAGAGGAGCCUCGCUGGACGACGUGUUGGACUCGGGACCCAGCAGUAUGCCGCGCAUCAACGAGCUCUGUGCCAUGACCAACUCCGACAUCGAGACGCCCAGCGUCAGCGUAGCCGAGCUGGUCAAGUGCCGCGUCACCACAAGCGAGGAGAUCAUAUCAUCGAACUCGUGCCUCAACUCGCCCAUGGAGGUGAUGAGCUGGGGCAACUCGCCCAAACGAAGACUGCCCAGAAAGAACCACGAGCUCGCCGACGCCAACAAGAACGGUAAGGACAACGAGAGCGUGCCCAACUCGCCGAUCAAGAGGGUCCACAGCUCCAUCACGCCCGAGAAAGUCACCGCAGUCUACAAGGAUCUUGACGGGGUGAAGAACGGCAGGCCGGUAUCCGAGGACAUUCUAGACAAGCGAAAAAGCAGGCAUGACGAGUUCGAGAGACGUGGAGCCUCCUCGGACAACCUGACGAAGGAGCGAGUCGUCACCCCGGUGUUCGCCGAGAUCGGCGGUAAGGAUCUCAACAAUGGCAAAGGCUCUUGCAACUCCGUCGUGUCGACGAGCUCCAGCGUCAAGCAGCUGCACGACAGGUUCGAGAGCCAGGAGAUCUUCACUGAGACCUACGCCGACUUCAAGCGCAGGACGCAGAGCAACCUGCACACCUCGAACGCGCUCAAGAGGCUGAUCGUCAGGGAGAAGACCAUCUCGCCGUCGUUCGACCUCGGAUUCUCCUCGGAAGACGCCGCGCUGGAGAAGAUGAAGUCCGAGGGCUCGCCGAAGGUCAGAUCCAAGUCCGUGGAGAACGACAGGAAGAGCAAGGACAAGCUGGACGCCCACCAUCGCAGGUCCAGAACGAGAUCGGUACUGAGAAAGCAACAGGGCGUCGAUCACUCCAACUACCCCAGCGAGCCAAGCGACCAUGCGGAGACGACAGCGGACCCGAGCCACCGACGAAAGAUGGUCCACGAACCGUCCCAGGAGACGCUGGACCUGCUGUCGGAGCUGCAGAAGGUGAAGAGUCUGCUGAAAACCCCGUCGAUCGACAAGACCUACGAGACCGAUAUCACCGAGCUCAAGCCCUUCCCCAAACGGAUCCUCCUCACCGACAAGGAGUUCUGCCUGUCGAUCGAACGGGAGAACAGCGUGCGCCGACCCUCGCGCGUAAACACCUUCGAACUAACGAAAUCAGCCGACAACAACUCGUCGGAGGUGGAUACCCGCAGCAAAUCACCCGUGAAGGGACCCGCGCUCUUCGAGAAACGAUGCCUCUCGCUCGACUACGCCGACGACGAGAGAUCCAAGGCCGAAAAGACUGAACCCAGAGCACUGUCCCUCGCGUCAGCUCGCAGCCCUCGCUCCGAGGAUAUUCUGGAGGCGUCGGAAAUCGCCCUCAUCACCUGCGACUCCAAGAGUUACAGCUCGGAUGUGUUCAAUACCCCCUCGGACGAGGCGAACGAGAAAAUGAUACCCGGUAUCUCGGUGGAGAAAGAGGUGCAGAAGAUCGAGAACGAGAUGAAGAGCUCGAAAGACGAAGGCACGAAGAAAACGCAGGAGACGAAGAAGAGCAACAAUGCCUUGAGAGUGAGCGAGAAAAUCGAGAAGGUGGACUCGACGGAGGACUACGAGAAGACUGAGCUGAAACCGAACCACUGUUCGUCGGAGACGGAACCGCAGCAGCAGCAGGUCAGUCCCAAGAAGGUUAAGGAACAGCAGGUGGGUGAAGUGGCCUCGCCCAAGGCGACGCCCUUUAGGAUGAAAAAGCGCCUGGGCAGGAUAUCGGUCGAGGAAACGGUCAAGCAGGAGAGCUUCGCCGUUACCAAAGUCGACUGCAAGGAAGUCGCUGUACAGAAGAGGGCCAAAUGCCUGCCGUUAUAACAUUCGAAGCCCGAGGCUAAGGAGCUUGGCCGGUAGAAACUUCGAUGUAUUAUAAGGCACACACACGAAACGAUGAAACUUUUGCCUCGAGUUUGAGAGAAAUAUACGCAUACAAUACAAGUCCUCUCUAUAGCCAUAAGCUUUCGGACCAUUUUUCUAUUUUACUUAAGAUAUAUAAAACGAUGAGCGAGGAGCUGAUGAGAAAAAUGUGGUUGUCACGGGUAUACGCGACGUGAUUAUAUUAUUAUGCCCGCUAAAGGCAGACACUUUUUGGAGACAUUGUUGUUAAUCAUGCGACGAUAUUCUAACUGUAGUUAUUAAUAUAAUCCAACACCUAUUAUACAAAUAUGAUAUGGAUAUGUAAUAGUUUGAAUUACGACGAAUCUACAUUCGCGAUCUCUCUUUGUUUCUACUCCUCGGUAUUAGAGGAUUGUUUGUUUUUUAUUGUUGUUGUUUACUCUCUCUUUUUUUUAAUCGCUCACAUCAGCUGUUUCGAAAACGAAAGCCGACAACUCUAAACGCAAAAAAUGUCUUUUAACAAAUUUGAUAAAUCUGAAAUUUCUCCUAUGUGAGUCCUUGCAAUCAUUUUUGGUACUUUUUAUAUAUAACGCCACUAUAUUCGUACAAGCUUCGAGCUUUAUUAGGCGGUUCUCUAUUUGAAAUACAGAAAUUUACAAAUAUAUACGAUUAUAUAGAAAGAAAAAAUAAUGAUUAUUUGUGUUGCAAAUUCAAAAAAGUCUUAACUCUAUUAAGGCGACUAAAAAACCACUUUAUUGCGCAGUGCCUUGUCCGUAUAUAAUUACUGAUCGACGGAACAGCAGUACAUAACGUCAAGUCCGAGACCGCGGACAUAUAUACGUCGAUAUAAAUUUCCACUCGGAAUUUGAAAAUCGUCCUUGAGAUAGAAUUACAAAAGAGCCGCACACAGAGAGCGAGAUUUCGGAGAUAUAAUAAAAUAUCGUGCGGCGGCGGCCUGUGGCCAAAAGCGAUUCAAAUGUCGUUGCAAUUACGAGGGAAAAUGCGAUUCAAUUAUAAUGAUAUUCGAAGUUUCAAUUAGAAUUUUCUCGGCGUACCUGCAACGACGUUUGAGCGAACCGCGCUAAGUUAUAGAUAAAUAAAAAAAUAUGAUCGUUAUACGUUCCUCUUGUGAUUUUUCUAGAGGCAUAGAUAGAUAUUGGAAAAAAGCGCUGAUUGUAAUAUGGAAAGUAUAAAACUAUAAAUAUAUAUAUAUACAUAUAUACAUACACGUAAUAGUCGUUAACGUUGUAAUUGUUAAGCGUAUGAGAAUAUUUGUACGUUAUACUUAAAAACAAAAUAAUUUAGAAUCUUAGGGCUCAACAUUGUAUAGAAGUGCGUACUUAUUAUAUAAAUAAUCGAGCGUUCGUUCGAGAGAUUCUUUUCGCGUCCUGUUUCUGAUGAUAUUGCGGGAAUACAUGGGUAUAUAACAAAAAAAGGCUGCGGAUGUGAACGCGCGCACGAGAGACGUGAACCGUUAUCAUCAAGAUCCUAGUCGAGACGAGAUGUGCCAAAACAAAAGAUACGACUUAUAUUCUAUGUUAACGCGAUGUUAAUUUUAUAAAUAAUAAUAAAAUAGAUAUAUUGAUACGUAUAUAUAGAUAUGGCGUAUAUACGUAAAAUAUAUUUAUGAAUAUAUUGAGUGAUAUAGUGUGUUGAACGUUUACGUGUCAUUAAUUGCCUUCGAAGUAUGUCCAAGUGUCUUUCUUUGUUUUACGUAAAAUUUACGUAAAUUUUGUUCGAAGGAAUAGAAAAAAAUUGUCCUCCACAACGAUCGAAUUAUCGUUUCUGUUCUCCAGCAUUUUGAAGAAACCGACGAUCCUACCGUAUAGCAAACAAGAAAAGGCAAGACAGGGUUUAACAAAAUAUUGAUUUUGCGUACGUAUUUACAGCGUUUGUUUUUUCUGCACAUUGUGCAGUGAUCAUCGCUUUUUGUUUUGUCGACAGCUAUCCGUCCAUCAACUCGGCUGUCUAUAUUUUUAUUGUCCAAACUUCUGCGCCGUAUACUUUUACCGUCGUUGUUUAAACACGUUAUUUUUACGAUUAAAAAAAUAUGAUUUUUUGCUGUACAUCGCAUAAAACUUAGUCCCUUUUUUCUCGCUGGCGAGAUAUAGUUUAGCGUGAAUUUUAAUCUCAUUUUUCUCCUUCUCUCGGAGGACAUUCACACAAUAUGUAAUGAACUGCGACGAGUAUUAAUUUCAGUAUUAGAGUUCCUUGUUCACAAUGACACGGCCGCGCAGAUGGUUUUGAGAUUUGAUUUUCUGUUUCCGUUCGCUCGCUCGAACACGAAACUUUUUUUUGUCUUUUGCACAUCCGUUAUAUAUAUAUAUUGUACGUGAUGAUACACGUAAUAUAAUGACGAUGUUAUUUUUGAUUAUUACAAUUUAUUUGUGCGACACGUUGAGCGUGAUGCGCUACUGCGAGGGAGAUAUGGAAAGAAUUUUAGAGAUAGUGAAAUACGUCUAGUGUGAUUAUAUACAUACAAUUUAAUUGAUAUAUAUUAUAUAUUAAAUAAACAAAAAAAAAACUAUUAUUGUAUACAAUGAGAUGUGUUGCGCGAAUUGUAUGUAAGUGUUUACGAAUAAUCGUGACAUGCCUGUGUUUUUUUAUGUAUGUCAGACCAACAUUUACCACGUCAUAGCGAGUAAAUAUUAUAUCGUCCGCAAGAUUUAUAAAGAAAACUAGCGUCUGCAUCGAUUACGAAUAUUAAAAGAAAAAAAAACUAUCGAUAAACGAAUGCAAAAGUAACUUAAAAAAAAAAAAACAUGUAUUACCAUUUCCAUUGUUUUAUAGAGAUUUAAAAUAAAAUAUUAAUAUAAAGUGCAUUGGGCGGAUAUAAGAUCGAUAUGAUACUUAUAAAAAUUAAAAGAAUCUUAAAUCGUUGUUGCGUCACACCCAGUUUAUUUAACAAUAAUUUGUGUCAAGUUUUAUAUAAAAAAAAGUAACAGUAAAUCAUCCUGAAUAAAAAUAAAUUGAAAGACGUUUUAUAAACAGUGUGAUAUUUAAUAAGCCAUUAGCUGACAUGAAUUGGUACAUUGUAAAUAAUAAAAAAUACAUAGAUUGUCA